UCUCUCUCUCUCUCUCGCUCUCGCACACACGCGGAUUCACAGAGCAAUAAAAGGAGGUGGAGGUGUUUCAAAGGGUUUGUUCUUUGUCCAAAUCGUCUCCUCCUCUCUCCCAAACAAAUACUAUUUACUCAGAGAGACCUUCUCUCUCUACACAUUCCAGCGCUGCGUUAUCUCUUUCUUUCACCUUCAUCUCUCCCUGUAAAAUCUCUCUCUCUCUCUCCCACUAUCUCUUUCUCCCUUUUCGUUUUCUUCGAAACGAUUUGUCUUGGGCUCUCUAUUUCUCUUCAGGUUUCAGAUCCUUGUCCAUCGAGCAAUAUCUAUUCUGCUGUGGAAAUCGGUGAAUCGAUUUCUUACUGAAACCCUAAUUUAUUUAAUAUUUUGUCUCUAUCACACUCGGUAGGCCCAUUUUUCGUCGGAGGCGGCCUGGUGUUUGUUUGGGGACUCGGACCUUGGGGCUGUGCGGUGUUUGGAUUGGAAAUGGUGGGAGGUGGGAGUACUAGGCGGGAUGAGUCCCCUGUGAUACAGAGCUCCAACGUUUUUGCUGCGCUCGGUAGUUUGAAGAAGAAGAAGAAGUCGGAUAAGAGCAAGGGGAAGAAGGCCGAGAAGGAGCCUGAGAAGGAGGUGUAUUGGGCUCCCGCGCCUCUUACAGUUAAGUCCUGGGCCGAUGUUGAUGACGAGGAUGAUGACGAUUACUACGCCACCACGGCUCCGCCUGAGGCGGUCUGGAGUGCCCCCGAUUCGAAGUCCGCCAAGGACAGUGAGCAUGAGCCUGCUCUUGAGCUAAGCGAGAGUGAGGAAGAAGCUCUUGAUGAAGUUGAUGAUGAUGUGGAGGAAGAACAUGAAAACGACUCUGAAGCACCACUGCAAGCUGAACCUGCUCAGAAUCCUUCUGGAGCUCCUUUGCCUCCUAAAGAAUCAGAAAGGCAACUUUCGAAGAAAGAACUGAAGAAAAAGGAGCUUGAAGAACUUGAAGCUGUUCUUGCAGAGUUAGGAUACAGUACUAUAAGUGAGGCUGGUGGCCAAGAUGAUACCCUCGGUGUUGCACGAGAGAAAAAAGAAGAGAGCCUCAAUGGAGAGGUGGACAAGAAGGAAAAUGCUGGGGAGAGCAAAUCUGCAAAGAAGAAGAAAAAGAAGGAUAAAUUGAAAGAGUCAAAAGAAUCUCAGGACCAGGCUGAGGGAGCUGAAAUGGGAAAUGUCGCAGAUGAAACUGCUGAGACUGAGAAGGCAGAAGAUUUAUCUGCUGUUGAUGUCAAGGAGAGGCUAAAGAAAGUGACGUCGAUGAAGAAGAAGAAAUCUAGCAAAGAGAUGGAUGCUGCUGCCCGAGCUGCUGCGAGUGAAGCUGCUGCCAGAAACGCAAAGCUAGCCGCUGCAAAAAAGAAAGAGAAGAAUCACUACAAUCAGCAGCCAGUUCGGUAAGCUGGCCAUUUUUGUUUUUUUGUUUUCUUUUUAAAAUUUCUUUUCUUUUUAUAUAUGAGCAUGUACUUUUUUGUUCAUUUGUUGAACGUAAAAAUAAGCAUUUAGGAACUGGUUUUGCGAACUUGUAUGUCCACAAGAAACUUGUUUUACUUGAAAGGGAGAAAAAUGAGAAAAUGUUUUUAUAUA